UUCAAUCCACACCUCACUCUCCAAUCCACGUCCACACUCCACACAUCAUUUCCCUGUCGAUUCCAAUCUCUUGUUUUUUCACCAUUUCCUUCUAUAGAGCGAGUGGCCUUGGAUCACUCAACUCCGACUGAGAGAGAAAGAGAGAGUGUGAAGAAUCCAACACCACCAGCAAUGGCAUCUGCUUCCUACACUUUCUGCGGCAUUCCGACCACCUCGUCUUCCGCCGCCUCUUCCUCUUCCUCUUCCAAGAGAGCCGUUAUCACCCGCUUCCUCCCCAGGACUCCACUCCGCAGCCUUGGAUUUGCCGCUGCCGCCGCUGACCCAUUCUUCUCCCACCAUGUCGCCACCCAGCUCCGAUCCCUCAAGGCGUCCGCCAAGCCCGUCAGGGGUGUCGUUUCCAUGGCAAAGAAGAGCGUGGGUGACCUCACCGCCGCUGAUUUGAAGGGCAAGAAGGUCUUUGUCAGGGCCGAUUUGAAUGUCCCUCUCGAUGACACCCAGAAAAUCACUGAUGACACUAGGAUUAGAGCUGCCAUCCCCACCAUUAAGCACUUGAUUUCCAAUGGGGCUAAAGUCAUUCUGUCCAGCCAUCUGGGACGCCCCAAAGGUGUCACACCAAAAUACAGCCUCGCUCCUCUUGUGCCCAGACUUUCUGAACUACUUGGAAUUCAGGUGGUGAAAGCUGAUGACUGCAUUGGCCCAGAGGUUGAGAAAUUGGUUGCUUCACUUCCUGAUGGCGGUGUUCUUCUUCUUGAGAAUGUGAGGUUCUACAAGGAAGAAGAGAAGAAUGAACCUGAGUUUGCAAAGAAGCUUGCCUCAUUGGCAGAUCUUUUUGUCAAUGAUGCAUUUGGUACUGCACAUAGAGCACAUGCCUCCACAGAGGGAGUUACUAAAUUUUUGAAGCCCUCUGUUGCUGGUUUCCUUUUGCAAAAGGAGUUGGAUUAUCUGGUUGGUGCAGUGUCAACCCCAAAGAGGCCAUUUGCUGCUAUUGUUGGGGGUUCAAAGGUUUCUUCCAAGAUUGGAGUGAUUGAGUCCCUUUUGGAGAAAUGUGAUAUCUUGCUUCUGGGAGGAGGUAUGAUCUUCACGUUCUACAAGGCUCAAGGUCUUUCAGUGGGAUCAUCUCUUGUGGAAGAAGACAAACUAGGUCUUGCUACAUCACUCCUUGAGAAGGCUAAAGCCAAGGGUGUCAGUCUAUUGUUACCUACAGAUGUGGUUAUCGCAGAUAAAUUUGCUCCUGAUGCAAACAGUAAGGUUGUUCCAGCAUCUGCUAUCCCAGACGGUUGGAUGGGAUUGGACAUUGGACCGGACUCUGUCAAGACUUUCAAUGAUGCGUUGGAGACAACAAAAACUGUGAUUUGGAAUGGACCAAUGGGAGUGUUUGAAUUUGACAAAUUUGCAGUAGGCACAGAGGCAGUAGCAAAGAAACUUGCUGAACUGAGUGGGAAAGGAGUGACCACCAUUAUCGGAGGUGGAGACUCAGUUGCAGCAGUAGAGAAAGUUGGAGUUGCUAGCGUGAUGAGCCACAUUUCAACCGGAGGUGGUGCUAGUUUGGAGCUGUUGGAAGGAAAGGAGCUCCCGGGCGUUAUUGCUCUUGACGAGGCUGUCCCUGUUGCCGCAUGAGAGACAAUCCUUCCAACUUCCCCUUCCCCUUCUUUUGUAGCUCUUGUUAACUAAGUAUUACCUUACCUUACCUUACCUUAAAUACACACCCACCCUUUUUUGCAUUUUGUUUUUUGUCUGUCAGUCAGUGUGUGUUCAGUACUUCAGUUCUGUUCGAAAUAACAACCCCCGAUCCGAUGAGCCGAAACAGUUUUCAGUUUGUGUAUUGGGAUAUAUAUAAAAAAAAUAUUGUACCUCAAUUUGGUAGUUUAAUUCUUUCAAACUUGUUGUCA